UGCGUGUUGAGAGUAUGUGUGUGUGUUUUCCUUUUAUUUUCUGUGUUUCUUUCCUUGUAAAGGAUCAGUUGUCUAGUUUUGCGAAUAAGCUUUUGUGGAGUUGCGGUUUGUAUGUUUGGAUUUCGUAUGUUUAUGUCAAGAUUUAAUCAGUGUGUGUAGUUGUUGAUCAAAUCCUUCAGUUUGGCAGCAAGAAAAGCUCGAGAUACCCGUCCCCAAGAGCAUGGCAACGGAGACAGAAACCACAAAAGAGCGCGACUUUUACCAUCUGAAGCUGUCCGAGCCUCAACGCCAAGAUCAAGAUUCGUCCUCAACUCUAUCCACAGACCAGUCUCAUCAUGAGGGAUCUACUUCAGCUGGAAGCGACUUGCAGAUGAAGAACGUGUCGUUUCAGCCUGAGUAUUUCAGCCACCAAGUUCAGAUGGAACACAAUCAAUCUUCGGAUUGGGCAUCUUACUCCAUGGCUGCACCUUAUUAUGGCAGGAUAGCAACUGCAUACGAUCCGAAUUCGGUUAUUUAUCCUCAAAUGGCCGGGGUCGUGCAAGCAAGGGCCGUGCUACCUCUGGAUCACGAUCAAGGCAUCCCCAUGUUUGUCAACGCAAAGCAAUACCACGCCAUUCUCAGGCGUCGCCAAACCAGAGCUAAACUCGAGGCUCAGAAUAAGGUGGCAAGAACAAGAAAGCCAUAUCUCCAUGAGUCCCGCCACCACCACGCUCUGAGGAGAGCUCGGGGUUCCGGAGGGCGCUUCUUGAACACGAAGAAGUCGAGCCCCACAGCUGAAGAACCAAAGAGCAGCACCAGUUGGGGCACAUCCACCACCUCUGGCUCUGAUGUCUCCUGCAUAUUCAACAACGACGACUUAUUCCAACAGCCACGCAUGGGGACACAAUCGCGUACGAUGGAACACAACAACAUGCUUCUGUUAUCCAUGGAUAGUUGCGCACAAAUCCGUACCACGACGUGAUUUGCUUCUCUCCUGUGUGGUUAACCGGCAGUUCAUCCUUGGCUAUCUUUUCCCCUGCUUCUUGCAGUAUCUCAUACUCAGUUUUUGCUAACUUAUUUUGUUAUGAAGCUUGUAAUGGAACUCAUCUUUGUGUAAGGGUUUGGAAAUAUGCUUUACUUGUUUUUGUUCCUGAACAAUGUUAA